AUGGCAGUGGACUGCCCGUCGAUCUCCAACUGGCUUCUCCAGGUCCAGCAGGCCGGCGGCGCGCCCGCCACCAGCGGCGCGACGCUUCUUACCGGGAACGCGUCCGCGCACACCGAGGAGCUGCGGGCGCAACUCCGAGCGGCUGCGGCGACGGAGAGCGACGCCCGAUACCUGCUCGAUCCCGCAGCGUGGCACUCCUUUGCCUGCUCUGAUGGCGGCGUCGACGGCGCGGAUUCGUGCGCCACUCUCGUCGACGACGUCGCGGCGACGCUGCAGCAACGCGCAGGCAUGUGGACGGUGGUCUUUGUGGCUGCCGCCGAGCUGGCGCCCGCCGCUCAGAUUGCGUCCAUCGUCGGCCGGUUCUGGCGGGCCGCUCGCUGUAUCCACUCGAGUGCGACGGACCGCCUCGACGCAGACUGUCGCAGGACGCUCUUUGUGCUCUCGACGCGGCUCGGCGACGAGGCGGCCAUGGAGACGGCGGCCGGGCUGGGUGGUGGCGGGCUGGCUGGAGGCGGGCUGGCUGGAGGCGGGCCAGAGGGCGAGGAGGGCAGCGCUGGGACGCUGAGCGGCGUGCGGCUCCGCGAGCGGGUCGCGCGCGACGCGGCGGCGUGGCUCGCGUCGGUGGACCGCGCGGCGCCGCCCUCGCAGCGGCCGGGGUCGGCGCAGGGCGUGUGCGUCGCAGCGGCCGGCGCGUCCGACCGCUGCGCCGGCGAUGCGGGCGAGCUGUCUGCGCUCGACGCGCUCGAGGGCGUGGUGGCGGAGGUCCGCUCGCGGCUCGAGGCGGCGAGGGUCGGGGCGAGCGGCGGCGAGGACGCGCACAACUACCGCACCGACGAAGACCUCUGGAAGCUCGUCUCGCCGCCGUGCGGCAUCAAGGGAGAAGGCGCGUUCGCCGCGCUCUUUGCCGGCGCGCAUGGCGAGGGGCGCGAGAAGGGCGAGGGGCGCGGCGCGAGAGCCGCCUCGGCGCCGGUCGGGCCCGUCGUGGUCUUCGACGAGAUCGAGGAGGCGCGGCGAGACUUCAUGACGACGGCGCUCGUCAACGCGAUUGACCACCGCGGCUUUGUCGAGCACGCGCCGACCGCGGGUGCAAUCUUCGUCCUCACCUCCAACUGCUUCCUCGACGAGCUUGCCGAGGCGACGCGCGCAGAGAUGGAGCGGCGCAUCUUCACCGACGCCAUCCCGUGCUCGCGCGCCGACGGCACACCCUCGCCGUUUGCGGCGGGCAAGAUGCGCGACCGCAUGCGCGGCAACGCCUUCCCCUUUCUGCCGCUGAGCGGCGAGCAGAUGGCGGCCGCCUUCGAGAUGCAGCUCGAGCGGCGCGCGAACCACUACGAGGACGAGAACGGCGUCUCGCUCCACUGGACGCGCGACUUUGCGCGCCUCGCGCGCGGCGCCGCUGUAGGCGGAGAGUCGGUCCGGAAGCGCAUCGACGUGCUCAUGCGCCUGGACUCGCAUUCGGUCGAGCGGCUGUACGCCUCUGCGGCGUCGCGCUGCCGGCCGCGCCGCUUGGAGGCGCUCAUCCUGCACACCCGCGCAGGCACGCCCGCCGCAGAGCCAAUCUGCGCCGGCGGAGACAGGGCAGAGGGCGACGCAGAGGAGCAGCGAGCCGCACCUACCAGCGCGCCUCCGCAGCGGCACCAUUCGCUCGGUGAGAGCGUCCCGGAGCGGGUGCUGGACGCGGAGGGCGAGGCUCGGCUGGCGAGGCUGAGGCUGGAGGGGGAGGCGGCCCUCGCCGCCGCUCGGCAGGCGCACAGAGCGGAGGUGGAGGGGCUGCGGCGGGAGCUGGCAGAGGCGCGCGAGGUGCUGUGGGGCUGGGAGAUGUCGCGAGCCUGGAUCGGCGCGGCGGCCCUCGCCAGCCUCGCCAUCGCCCUCCUCUCCUCGUCGUGGCUCGCGUGGUCGGCCACGGCGUGGGUGAUCAAGGCCGCUGCGGGCAGCGCUGUGGCCGUCGUGGUGGCAGGCGUGGCUGUCGCGGCCGUGGCGGCACUCCUCUGUGCCGCGGGGAGCGAGGCUGCUUGCGAGCUGCAGCGGCACGUGCAGGCGGCGGCGCGAGCGGCGAUCGCGCUGCUGCUGCUCGGCUGGCAGCUGCUUGCGUGGGCCGCCGGCGCCUUGGGCGCGCUCGGCUGGUGGGGCGCUGCGGUCCUCCCCGCAGCCGCGUUGGGGUUGCGGCUCUAUCGCGACGCCCGCAGACGAAGAGCGACGCAGCGGCUCGCGGAGGAUCGGGCGGAGGGCCAUGGCUAA